AUGAUAGAAUUAGGAGAAAAAAAAUAUAUUAAAGCAACUUAAAGGAAAAAACAAAAUUUGCCAAAAGAUUUUGAUGAUUUCUAUAAAACUAUUAUAUCAGAACAAGAUGAAAGUAUUUUAUCAACAAAUUGCAAAAGAGGACCAUAAGAAUCAAUUGAAGAGGAAUAUUUAUCAAAAUAGAUCCAACCACCAUUUUACAUGUCUUUACCAAAUUUUUAAUAAUUAUAACCUAAUAACUACUUAAUUAUGUCUGCGCCAAACUAAGAAAAUUUAAAUUUUACCAUCAAUUAAUUUUAAUAGGAUCCACAAUUAUCUGAUUCAAUAAAUGAAGAUAAUUCUUAAAAUUGUGAGAAUGAAUAAGAAUAUAAAAUUAUUGAAGUAGAUAAAAUGGAACAUUAACUUAAUUUUUAGUUUGUAAAUACCCAUCCUUUAUUCCAUAAAGGAGAAAAAAAUAAUAAAAAAACCUCCUCCUCAAUUAUAAAUAAAGGUAUACAAAGAAAAUACAUACAAAAAUGA